AUGUUAAAAGAAAAAUUAAUAAUAUUAUUAAUAUUGAAUUUUUUACAGAAUUUUAUUGUUGUACAAUGUUACACACCACCAUUGAAUUAUCAUGCUGUCGUAAUUGCAUCAGAAUUCUUCAAACCUCGUAAAAUAUGCGAAGGAAACAAACAAGACAAACAAUUUGGAAAAGUCAACACGACAAAUAGGUUAGAAGAAUUAAGAAAAGUUAUGAUUUCAGAAAAUAUAUCAGCUUACAUUAUAUUAUCCGCCGACGAACAUCAGUCAGAAACCGUUAGCGAACACGACAAAAGGCUUAAAUUCAUUUCCGGUUUUUCCGGAAGUAACGGAAUAGCUGUCGUCACGUUAAAAUCUGCUGCUUUAUGGACUGACAGCCGUUACUACAUACAAGCGGAUGACGAAACCGAUUGUAAUUGGAUCGUUAUGAGAAUGGGUUUGUCUAGUACCCCGAGCAUAGAAAAAUGGCUGCUAUCAUCAGAAUUAAAAAGCGGGGAUUUUGUUUCAUCCGAUCCAAAAAUUUUAUCUUAUGAAAAAUGGAAUAAUUGGAAAAAAACUUUUGAAAAAAAUGAUAUAUCCAUGAAAGUCGUUAGAAAAAAUUUAAUUGAUGAAAUAUGGACGAAUGAAAAUGGCAGACCCGAUUACGAUAUUAAACCCAUACAAGUUUUAGAUGUUAAAUUUGCAGGAAUGAAAUGGGAAGAUAAAUUAAAUCUUAUACGUGAUUAUAUGAGAAAAAAUAAUUUGGAUGCAUUUGUUUUUUCGGCUCUCGAUGAAAUCGCUUGGGCUUUGAAUUUAAGAGGAUCCGACAUAUCAUAUUUUCCAGUUUUUUAUUCUUAUUUAAUUGUUCAAAUGGAAGGAGCCAUUUUAUACGUAUCGGAAAAAAAAAUUACUUGGAAAGUAAUUGAUCAUUUAAAUUCUAAUUUUACUCAAUCUGGACAAUACGUUAUUUAUUUAAUGUUUGAUUCUGUAGGUUUACAUAAAUAUUCAAACACUCAUUUUAAAUAUAAGGAAAGAAAAAUAAUUAUGAUUUUUAUAUCACAGGUACCAGAAGAUAAAAUAUCAAUGAUAGUUUCUCCAGCAUUACUUUUAAAAGAUUAUAAAAAUCCAGUUGAAAUAGCUGGAAUGAAAUCAAGUCACGUCAGAGAUGGUUUAGUAGUUUGUCAAUUUUUAUCUCGUUUAGAAAAAGAAGUAACGGGGGGUAGUACAAAUUGGACAGAAUUAAAAGCAGUCGAAUAUUUGGAUAAUCUUAGAACGAAACAGAAAUAUAAUGCCGGCAUUAGUUUUGGUACGAUAUCUGCUUUUGGAAAAAAUGCUGCAAGUGCACAUUAUCAACCCACUCCUGAAACUGAUACCCUCAUUGAUACGACUCAAGUAUACAUGCUGGAUUCGGGUGGACAAUAUUACGAUGGUACAACCGAUUGCACCAGAACCGUUCAUUUUGGCGAACCUAGAGAUAUAGAAAAAGAAGUUUAUACCAGAUUGUUGAUGGGUUGUAUCGAUUUAGCAACUUUAACGUUUAAAGAGGGUUAUACUUUAAAAGAACUUGAAAUAAUGAUAAGGGCACCUUUGUACGAAGCAGGAUUAGAUUACGGUCACGGAAGUACACAUGGUAUAGGCUCUUAUUUAGCAGUUCACGAAGGUAUCAUAACUUUUAACACUACAUAUCACAUAAACUUCUUUGGAUCUCAAGAACCUGGUUACUACAAGGAAGAUGAUUUCGGUAUGAGAUUGGAAAAUAUAGUCACAGUUGUUAAAUCACCUGUAUCAAACAACAGCAAAACGACUUAUCUGACAUUCGAAACGGUCACAUUGAUACCAUAUGAAAAAAAAUUGAUUAAAGUCGAAAUGCUCGAUAAAAAACAUAUUAAUUGGUUAAAUGAUUAUCAUAGAAAAGUAAGAAAGUUAGUCGGAAAUGAAAUGUUGAAUCAAGGUUUGGAUAGAGAAUAUGAAUGGCUUUUGAUGAAAACAGAACCUAUAACUCACGUCUAUUGA